AGAGACAAAUGCAGUAAAGACUUGCAGAGACAGGCGAGAGAGAGAGCUUACCGUUUCCUUUCCUUUCCCUAAAUAACUUCAUCUCUCACUUUCUCCAGUCCGUCGCUUCUCUCUUCCACAUCCAUUGGUAGCUUUUACCUCUGGUGCUGUGUCAGGUAUCAACUCCUCCAUCACCGAACAGCACUAAACAAGGGGAGGUUAAUUUUCCUGGAAAAUGACGCGGCAGAAAAUUGAGAUCAAGAAGAUUGUUAAUCCAUCGGCAAGGCAGGUCACUUUCUCAAAGAGAAGAAGAGGGCUGUUCAAGAAGGCCCAGGAACUCUCCACUCUCUGUGAUGCUGAAAUAGCAGUCAUAGUCUUUUCAACAACAGGAAAGCUCUUUGAAUACUGUAACUCCAGCGUGAAACAUAUUAUUGAAAGGUAUCACAGUGUACAGUCACAGCGUGCCUACAAAUUAAGUCAUCCAUCUCUUGAGUUGAAGCUUGAAAGCAGUACCUACGCCAUGUUGAGCACGGAAAUGGCAGAAAAGACCCAUGAACUGAGGCAGAUGAAGGGGGAGGAUCUUCAAGGGUUAGACAUUGAACAACUUAAGCAACUAGAGAACGCACUUCAGGGAGGCCUGAGCCGAGUUCUAGAAAUAAAAGGUGAUAGGCUUGUCAAAGAAAUUGAAGCUCUCAGGAAUAAGGGAGCUGAACUGAUGAAGGAGAAUUUGAGAUUGAGAAAGCAAACAGAGAAUAAACAAUUACAGGACUCUUCAUCGAUUCGGCCACAAACCAAUGUCUGCAAUGAGACUUCUGACACUUCCUUAAAGUUGGGGUUACCCUUUCCUCGCUAGAACUGGAAGCUAAUGAAGAAUAAUGGGAAUAAAUGGUCAUUUACUCCGAAGGAAAGAUCUGCUUUGCUUUAGUAUUUAUUUAUACCCGCAAAUAAGUUUUCAUUUGUUUUUAAAUUAAUGUACUAAUCUCAUUAGUGACGGAAUCAAAUAAAAUUUAAGAGGGUUAAAACUA